UGAAACAAAGAUGGCGGCCUGUGUUGUCGUGUGUGUUUCUUUAACUUUCUCUCUGCUUUUGGCUGAUGUGGCUUCAAUAGAAACUACAACCAGCGACGGGAUAAGGACCACCGCGCCCAGUGACCGGAACUCCACCUCUAACGUUCCGGACGGUGGUCCACCGACACAGUGGACCAACCCGACCCCGAGCGACCCCAGCCCCGCCAGCAGCACCACGGAGGAGCCGGUCAGCCCCACGGAGGAGCCGGUCAGCCCCACGGAGGGGCCGGUCAGCCCCACGGAGGAGCCGGUCAGCCCCACGGAGGAGCCGGCUCUCCCCGCGGAGCCUCUGCCCGUGUCCGGCCGCCUGCCUGUCCCUGUCCCCGGAGUGGACAGGUACUGCCCCUGCGACGCUCUCGGGGAUGUGUGUGACAUUAACUGCUGCUGUGACAGAGACUGCAGCAGUGAGGACGUGUCUCUGUUCAGCAGCUGCUCGGUCCAGACCGUCAGCGGCAGCCGGCAGCUGUGCAGCCGAGACGUGGCGUCCUACUCCCUGAGGAGCACCGAGGAGGGAUACUCCGAGCUGCAGGCGUCCGUCCGACAGCAGAGCAGCAGUGACGCUCUGUGUGUCCAGUCGCAGAACCGCUUCGACGGGUUGUCCCACUCCUCGCCGGCUAUUCCCACCGACAGAAGCUUUGAGGGGCUCUUCCAGCAGUUCACCAGCUUCAUGUUUGGCUCAGAGAGCAGCGAUCAGGAGUCCCAGGCUUCCCCGGGAUACCAGCUGGGGGACGUGAUGCUGACAGCAGGCCAGAGUGGACAGACGGGUGUGUUUCUCCUGCCGGCUCCUGGUCUCACUGCUCACUGUGUGGACAGCAGUCCUGCAGCGUUCCUGAAGGACCAGAGCAGCGUCUGCUCCCGGCGGCUGGUCCUGGAUCAGGACUGCGGCUCUCUGCCUGCUCUCAGCAUGGACGCCUACACCAGCAUCCGGCUGCUGGCUGGGAAGAACCAGGAAGCAGCGGUUGUUCCUCUGGAGGUGUCGUCAGUCGUCCUGCGGUCUACAGACAACACCGAGACGGAGCUGAAGCUCAGCGCAGGACAGACCGUCAGGCCCUCUCUGACUGAGCCCACGCUCUGCGCUAAUGUGGUGCUGAAGGUGGUCUAUGAGAUCCGGUUCGGCCCGGCCGGGGAGCUGCUGAAGGCCUCCUUGUCUCUGGUUCUGGGGUUCGUCCGUGAAGCGGCGCUGCCCCUGCAGCAGGACUUCCAGGUGUCGUACCUCCAGGAGGAUGCUGGCGAGGCGGUGGUCCGUCACAGCGGGAAUCCAGGUUAUGUGGUGGGAAUGCCUCUGGUGUCCGGAACAAAAACUGCAGAAGGGAUCUCCCGCAGCCUGGACCCUGCAGACUGGCUGUCGGUGCCGCUCAGCUCUGAGGACCAGGACUGUCUGCGGCCGUCCCCCCGCCGCUCGCCGCUGCUCUUCGGCCUGGACUCGGCGUCCGGCUGCACGCUGAGACUGGAGGACGCCGCCAACUGCUCGCUGGUGUCCCGGCUGCUGCUGGACGUCCUGAGGGGCCCGCGCCGGCCCCCGUUCGUGGCCUCCUUUGGGAACUCUGCGGUGGAGAACCCGCUGGACUGGGUCCCCAUAAAGAGCAGCUUCCUCCUGGAGGACACUCCCAGCUGCAGCAUCCCCGUGUCUCUGCACUUAGAAAUCCGCUGGACCAAAUACGGAUCGCUGGUCAACCCUCAGGCCCAGAUCGUGAGCGUGACCGAAGUGGUGCAGACCAACAGCAGCAGCCUGCUCCAGGCUCCUGGAGGCGGCAGCCUGCAGCCAAUCAGCAGCUCCGUGUCCUUCAUCCCUGUGUCUGCCGCCGCCCAGCCCGGGUACAGAGCCACGCCCACCAUCGACGCCAAACUGCCCUUCGACUUCUUCCUGCCCUUCGUCUGAACACCCCACACACUUUUUUUAAUGGUAAUAACACUGUUUUCUACAAAGGUUUAAUAAAAUAACUUAUUUAUUUCAUGAAUU